AUGGCCGACAUAUCCAAAGGACCAAGGCGAGUGUCGGUCGAGGAAUCGAGCGAUGAGGACCAUAAUUCCGUCGAGGUCUUCCUUGAUUCAGCUAAUCCCUAUCGCCGCAAGUGUUCUCUUGUAGGGAACGACUUGGAAGACCGUCACCUGGAUCGGUCCAUAGCGCCACCGCACAAGACGGAAUGUUUGGUCCACCAGUUCCUUGCCGACCAGCAACGGUCGAGGAUAGCCCACUCCGCAGCGCGCGAUAGCUACGAGCACCGUGACCACCCUCGGCAUUACAGCACUUUGUCGCCCACUGUCCACCGCGUUCGCCACGGCGAGGCCGGCACAGCAGCCUGUCGAGCGGAGGACAGCUCGUCCCAGGAUGGGUUGGACCGGCCGGUCGAUCCCAAGGCGUUUGCCCAGGACAGCGGCACCAGCAGCGGCGGCGGCGGUGAUGACGCAGCCAGGCGCCCACGGCUAGCGACCAUCCUCAAACACGACUCUGCCCUUGCCGACGGGCACAAAGAUGGCCGGAUGAUUCCUGGCGAGGAAGCCAGCGGCAACCUCAGCAGCACCAGCACCAGCACCAGCACGUGCGGGCAGGCCGACGAGAAGCAGUGGCGUGCGGAAAUGACGCUGCCGCGGACGCCGUCGCAGCUGGACCAGCGCUCGGCGUCGGCCGACGCACCCAACAGCCGGCUGCUGACCAAGAAGCAGCUGAGCGAGAUGGCGUGGGGCGUGCGCGAGCUCAGCCGCCGGCUUGGGAGCAUGCGAUUGCGCUUCAGGGUCAAGAGCAUCUUCCUGCUCACCAAGAUCCACGAUGCCGAGCUGAUUGGCAAGACGAGGGAGCUGUGCCGCUGGCUGCUGGAUCGGGAGCGCGAGGUCCGAUACACUGUAUAUGUGGACCAGGAGUUGCGCGAUAACAAGAGGUUUGAUGCGACCGGCUUGGUGGAGGAGGUUAGGAGGGAUUAUGUUGCCAGUGGGGAGGUCAGUGAAGAGGCGAGCUGGGACGUUCCAAAAAGGUUGAGGUACUGGGAUGAGGACAUGUGCAGGACCAGGCCGCACACCUUUGACUUUGUGGUCACCCUGGGCGGGGAUGGGACGGUGCUGUAUGCCAGUUGGCUGUUUCAGCGGAUCGUUCCACCCGUAUUGAGCUUUGCGCUCGGAAGUUUAGGCUUCUUGACAAAGUUCGAUUUUGACGAUUAUCGGAGGACGUUGACCGGGGCAUUCAGCGACGGGGUGACGGUGAGUUUGAGGUUGAGGUUUGAGGCGACGGUAAUGCGCAGUCAGAAGACUGGGUCAAGGUUGACCGAGGAUGGGGAGCAUGCUGAGAGUACGCAGCCGGACGGGAACGGCCAACCGAGGGAUCUUGUUGAGGAGUUGAUAGGGGAUGAGAAAGACGAUGAGCAUACUCAUCGACCUGAUGGGACGUACGAGGUGCUGAACGAAGUCGUCGUGGACCGAGGGCCCAAUCCGACGAUGUCUAACAUUGAAAUCUUCGGCGAUGAUGAGCACUUCACUUCUGUUUCGGCCGACGGAAUCUGCGUCAGCACGCCGACUGGCUCGACGGCCUAUAACCUCGCCGCUGGCGGCUCCUUGUGCCACCCGGAGAACCCGGUCAUGCUGGUUACUUCGAUAUGCGCCCACACGCUCUCCUUCCGGCCGGUCAUCUUGCCGGACACUAUCGUGCUGCGCAUCGGGGUACCCUACGAUGCGCGCGCCAGCUCCUGGGCCAGCUUCGAUGGCAGGGAGCGCGUCGAGCUGCGACCGGGAGACUACGUCACGGUGAGCGCUAGCCGGUAUCCGUUCGCCUGCGUCCAGCCGCACGGUCGGAGGAGUGAGGACUGGAUCAAUAGUAUCAGCGCCAAGUUGGGGUGGAAUACGAGGCAGAGGCAGAAGGGUUAUAAUGAAUGGGGGAAGUAA